AUGAGUUACAACCCGCUAGGUACGUUCAACACAAGGUCACGCCGCGUUUGGGAAUGGUUUGAGGACAUGCACCGCGGUGAACGAAACGUGCCGAUCAAGCAGAAUCACACGCGAGGAGACUGCCCGCAUUCCAGCGCACGCCUUCACGAACUCCAUCACAGCCUCGCAGGCACACUCGGAGACUAACUGCAGUAUACAGGUGGCUACGGCCACAGCGGCCACUCAGACGAACACCUGAACGACCCUGAGAACCCCUUCAUGGAUCACCAACACCCACCCGAUCGCUUCAACCCCCCAACCCCUGGCUACCAGCUCGAAGACCGCCCGUACAUGCACCAUGAACCCCUCGAGAUACCUGUCGGGCCUGGCCCAAUGCAUGCAGGCCCCAUGCAGUCGGCCGAUCGAUUAGCUGCGCAGCCAACAUACGAGGUCUCGAACAUGCCAGGAACGUAUGGGCACUCUCAGGCCUACGAAGAUACCCACUCGCACGGAUACACUCCCAAUCCUUACCAGCAGGCGGCGCAUCAGGGCAGAGGAGAGUACAACCUGAGCCCACGCUACGAUCAUGACGACUAUGUUCACGACGACUCAUAUGACGCGCCGCAACAUCCCUACUAUCAGGACGAGGCGGACAAUCGCCCAAUGCUACAACCAGCGGCAUCCUAUGGCCCAGAUCCGCAUCAGCCUGUGCUCACUCCCGGCCCAGAGCAUCCAGGUGACCUCGAAGCAGGCUACAAUGACCCACCCCCACCCCCUGCGACUGCGCCAAUUCGGAGGUGGAAGACGGUGAAAGAAGUGCAGCUGUUCAAUGGCAACUUGGUCCUGGAUUGCCCAAUACCUCCGCGACUACUGAACCAAGUGCAGCAUGCGAAGCCGCCAGAAAGAGAUGAAUUUACACAUAUGAGAUACAGUGCCGCAACCUGCGACCCAAGCGAGUUCUUCGACAAGCGCUUUACCCUGCGUCAACGUCUGUUCGCGAAGCCUCGUCAGACCGAAUUGUUUAUCGUUAUUACCAUGUACAAUGAGGAGGACGAGUUGCUCGCACGGACGUUGAUUGGUGUCAUCAAAAACAUUGAGUUCAUGAAUUCGAGGACAUCGUCGAAGACGUGGGGUAAAGAAGCCUGGAAGAAGAUCGUUGUGGCUAUUGUUUCAGACGGACGUGCCAAGAUCCAUCCUCGGACUCGUGCUGUGCUUGCCGCUAUGGGUAUCUACCAGGACGGAAUUGCGAAGCAGCAGGUCAAUGGAGAGGACGUCACUGCACACAUUUACGAGUAUACCACUCAAAUGACGCUCGAGAUUAAGAAGGGUAUUGUGCAGGUCAAGAAGGGCAACACUCCAGUCCAGAUCUUGUUCUGCCUCAAGGAAAAGAAUCAGAAGAAGAUCAAUUCGCACAGGUGGUUCUUCCAGGCGUUCGGCGAGGUCCUUCAGCCGAAUAUCUGUGUGCUGCUCGAUGCUGGUACUCGACCCGGACGGAGCAGCAUCUACGACCUGUGGAAGACCUUCGAUCGUGAGCCGAUGUGUGGCGGCGCAUGUGGUGAAAUCAAGGCCAUGCUGGAACAUGGCAAGAACCUCAUCAACCCGCUGGUCGCAGCUCAGAACUUUGAAUACAAGAUGAGUAACAUCCUGGACAAACCGUUGGAGAGCGCUUUUGGCUUCAUUACCGUGCUUCCUGGAGCCUUCUCCGCGUACCGCUAUGUAGCUAUCCAGAACGACAAGACAGGUCAGGGUCCUCUCGAGAAGUACUUCGCUGGCGAGAAGAUGCAUGGUGCCAACGCCGGCAUCUUUACCGCGAACAUGUAUCUGGCCGAAGACCGUAUCCUCUGCUGGGAGCUUGUCAGCAAGCGCAACUGCUCGUGGAUCCUGCAGUAUACGAAGUCCGCGACUGGUGAGACAGAUGUGCCAACCGAGAUGGCGGACUUCAUUCUACAGAGACGUCGUUGGCUCAACGGCUCGUUCUUCGCCGCGGUCUAUGCUCUGUCACACUUCUAUCAGCUGUGGCGAAGUCACCACACGUUCAUUCGAAAGUUCUUCCUCUGCAUCGAAUUCGUCUACCAACUGGUGAACAUGUUGUUUGCCUGGUUCGCUAUCGUAAGACAGUCCCGAUGUCUGAAUGUGUUCACUGCUAAUCUGCGCAAAGGGCAAUUUCUUCCUGGUCUUCCGCAUCCUCACUUCCUCCUUAUCGGCCGACGAUCUGCUCGGCACUGCGGGACUGGUCCUCUCCAUCGCCUUCGAAUGGAUCUACCUUGCCGUGUUGUUGACUUGUUUCGUCUUGGCUCUGGGAAAUCGUCCACAAGGAAGCAACAAGUUCUACAUGGCGCAAGUUUAUUUCUGGGCAAUACUCAUGGGGUACCUCCUAUUUGCAACGGUCUUCAUCACGGUGAAGUCGGUACAGCAACAAAUCGCGGACAACAAAGGCUUCAGUGUGCAGUUGCUUUUCACCAACAAGCUGUUCUUCACGUUGAUCAUCUCCAUGCUGUCAACGUACGUCCUCUACCUGGUGGCAUCUAUUCUCUUCCUGGAUCCGUGGCACAUGUUCACAAGCUUCCUUCAGUACAUGCUCCUUACCCCCACGUACCUCAACAUUCUCAACGUCUACGCCUUCUGCAAUACCCACGACAUCACGUGGGGAACAAAGGGCGACGACAAACCGGAGAAGCUUCCAGCGGCUAACCUUAAACCCGGCGGCAAGGUCGAUGUCACGAUUCCCACAGACGAUCACGACCUCAACACGCAGUAUGAACAAGAACUACGGGCUUUCAGCUCCAAGUACGCAGCACCAAAGAAGACUGUUACUGCGGAACAAAAGCACGAAGACUACUACAAGGGAUUUCGUUCGACAGUCGUGUUGGCUUGGAUGUUCUGCAACUUGGCCUUGGCGGCCGUCAUUUUGAACACUGCCGGAUUACAGAAAGUUCAGAAAAACGGAGACGCGGAAGAGACCGCAGAGACAUUGCGUGCUACGAUCUACAUGGCAGUCGUGCUGUACUCGGUAGCGGCGUUGGCAGCAGUCCGAUUCAUUGGCUGCUGCUGGUUCUUGGUCGUCAGGAUUUUCCGAGGAGUGUAA